CACAAUACCACAAAAAUCUGUUGUCUCAAAAAUAUGUUGUUUUCCGUCGGCCAAGAGCUUCGAAAUUGUCUAUUCGCUCUUUGCUUGGCGUCAAUUUGUCUUAAACAGCUAGCACAAAGCCUUAUUGCAUUCCCCAGAGGCGGUUCACAGGGCUACUUGGCCGCAGUGGCAAUGCCACUCGAUCUGCCCAAUCGCAAUGUCUAUAUGGCUUUUAAUUUUGAAGCGAAUUAUGGAUUUCCGGCAAACGAUUCUUACUACUACUGGAUCGAUCGGUGGAACUUAGACCAAGAAUUUGUCGGCAUUGGUAAUGAUGUGAUACCGGUAAAUAGUCGGCGUCGCCGUUUCGCACAAAUGUAUACACGUAACGCCUUCUACCGCAGCAUUGUUGGUUAUCUGGAGCAUUUCGAAAUGAAUGGGACUGGCUGUCUGUUAAGAACAAUUUGCGAUGUGUCGGCUUCCAAUUUGGACGAACAUAAUGGACUGCUCGGCAGCAUUUUCAAAAUCCUAUUCAUGCCAACGACAUCCGCCUUCGAAAGUGAACACCAGCUACAGCAUGUGGACGUUUACGCGGCAGAAGAGCACGGACGCAAUGGUGUGUGUGAGCAGUAUAGGCGCUGGUGUCCGCGUGGACUGCUUCAGCUGAUAUCCGAAUGGCUUUAACUGCGCGUGCAUAAGGGAAAUGAACUAGGAAAAUAAUGUAAAUGCCAUUAGGAAUUUAAAUUAUGUGUUGGAAAAUAUUUCUAACUUUUUUUUGCUGUAACAAUAAACACCUUUUCC